CUCUGCUCCUGCGACAAGUGCGACAAAAUGCUGUCUGCCCUGCGCACCAACUCCAACCUGGUCACAGCCUACACCAGGGACAACAGGGGCUACACAGGUGCGUAGGACUUUGUUGUGUCUUACGUAGGGAUAAACGACCUGCUUGCCAGGAUAGUGGUGUUAAAUGACCUGCUCGCCAGGACAGUGGUGUUAAAUGACCUGCUCGUCAGGAUAGUGGUGUUAAAUGACCUGCUCGUCAGGAUAGUGGUAUUAAAUGACCUGCUCGCCAUGACAGUGGUGUUAAAUGACCUGCUCAUCAGGAUAGUGGUGUUAAAUGACCUGCUCGUCAGGAUAGUGGUGUUAAAUGAACUGCUCGUCAGGAUAGUGGUGUUAAAUGACCUGCUCGUCAGGAUAGUGGUGUUAAAUGACCUGCUCGCCAGGACAGUGGUGUUAAAUGACCUGCUCGUCAGGAUAGUGGUGUUAAAUGACCUGCUCGUCAGGAUAGUGGUAUUAAAUGACCUGCUCGUCAGGAUAGUGGUGUUAAAUGACCUGCUCGCCAGGAUAGUGGUGUUAAAUGACCUGCUCGCCAGGACAGUGGUGUUAAAUGACCUGCUCGCCAGGAUAGUGGUGUUAAAUGACCUGCUCGCCAGGAUAGUGGUGUUUAAGACCCAUAAAGUCUAGAGGGCCAUGAGAUUUUUCAGGAUUUAAAAACCUAAAGAGCUUAAUGAUUUCAAAAUGAUUUUUGUUUAAAUUUUUAUUCUUUAUAAAUAAUACAACCAUCAAUAUUUUCAUCAUGUGUUUGAACUUGUUUUUCAUCAUGUGUUUGAACUUGUUUUUAGCACUUUGCACUUUAAUAAGGUCAUUGCGAUGAUAAAUAAUUUUUUUUUAAUUGUUUGAGCCACAAAGAAAGCUUUAUAACGAUAGUCAGGCUAAUUUUUUUAUUUAAAAAAAAAAGGGUCAAGGACUCGUCGUUUUCUGCCGUUGUCUUUGAAGGGAGGUGCACAUGGCGUGGUCAGCUGUGUUUUAACUUAAUUCUCAGCCCUGCUUGUUGCGUGCGCAGCUGUGCUUAAAAUAUUUGUUUGAAUAAUCCCCAGCCCUGCAUAUAGCGGCCUACUACGGCCAGGCACAGCUGAUUGACAUACUCAUUAAAAACAAUGCUGUCGUCGACACCACCGACUACCUGGGACUUACACCCUUGCACCUGGCUUGCCAGAGGGGAUAUCAAAAUGUCAUGGUCAGUUGGUCCACCUGCUUCCCUGUUAAAUUUAAACUAAUCAACUCAUGAGUUUCACAUUAAUAAUUAAUCUUGGCUGUUGCAUCAUUUCUAGGUUUGGACAUGUCCAAUAUUUUAUUAUAGAUUCUAGAAAACUAUUUUAUCUUAUGUGAGUCAAAAGUAAUAUUGUUAUUAGCAUCAUUUUGAGUGUUGAUUAGUGACCAACAAGGCCUUACUGGGGAGCAACGGUCUAAAUAGGUCCUCUUAAAAGGAAUGGUCUGCAUAGGUCUUCUUAAAGGGAAUGGUCUACAUAGGUCUUCUUAAAGGGAAUGAACUACAUAGGUCUUCUUAAAAGGAAUGAACUACAUAGGUCAUCUUAAAGGGAAUGAACUACAUAGGUCUUCUUAAAGGGAAUAACUACAUAACUCUCCUUCAAGGGAAUGAAUUACAUAGCUCUUCUUCAGGGGAAUGUUCUACAUAGCUGGAGGUGGGCGGACUUCACAGCUCUACCUAUGGAGAACUGCCUGGUUAGUUCUGGACAAUGACCUAUGUCCUUCUGGAGAUGACCUAUGUAGUUCUGGAGAUGACCUAUGUCGUUCUGUAGCUGGCCUAUGUAGUUCUGAAGAUGGCCUAUGUAGUUUUGUAGAUGGCCUAUGUUGUUCUGGGGAUGGCCUAUAUAGUUCUGGAGAUGGGCUAUGUAGUUCUGGAGAUGGCCUAUGUAGUUCUGGAGAUGGCCUAUGUAGUUCUGGAGAUGCCCUAUGUAGUUCUGAGAUGGCCUAUGUAGUUCUGGAGAUGCCCUAUGUAGUUCUGGAGAUGGCCUAUGUAGUUCUGGAGAUGCCCUAUGUAGUUCUGGAGAUAGCCUAUGUUGUCAUUCUGAGAGUAAAUCGAAUCACCUAAAAAAAAGGAAGCUCUUAUUCAUAAUUUAUUAUUUGAAAAUUAUGAUCAGAAGUUCUGUGUAAGGUCAAAGGUCGGCAUAUUGCUGUUUGAUUUCAACAUUUUCAUUUUUCCAUUGCUCUUUUCUACUGUUGAAUCCCUCAGCUGUUGCUGCUUCAUUUUGGAGCCGACGUCAUGAUGACCGACAAUGAGGGGAACACGCCUCUUCACUUGAGCUGCGCCAACGGACAUGAGGACGUGAGUCAACAACUGAAAAGAAAUUUUGUUUCCCUGUCUCUUUUUUUAUGUGUUUUUAAAAUGUUCGGCUCCCACCUUUGGUCAUAGAAAAGACCACUGGCGCACACGUUUGUAAAUACUUGAACAAACUUGAUGAAACGUUGUAUGGAAUAGUACAUUCAAAUGUUUCAUAUUGGUGAUAUGCCUUCAUCUAAUGUGUUAAGACGUUAUUAAGAUCAUUUAUUUUAAAAUUAAUUUAAAUUAAGAAAUUUUCAUUGUUAACUUACAUGUUCACGCAACCUUAAAUGUGUUCUUGUUUUGUGUUAGUUCAUGAAUGUGUUUGGAAAGUAAGUGCAAUAUGUGGUUUAAGUGCUAUAUGUGGUUUAUAAAGUCAAUGAAAUAGCAAAACGAGGUAUGUGGAAGGUUGAAUGCAGUCCUUUAUUAUAAAGUCAAAAAAGAUUUCCCACAAGGUGAUGAAUUUUAAUUUGUUUUUUAUAAAGAGGUAACAGUCGAUACAGUUUAAUUUUCUUUUCUUUAAAAAUACAAUCAUGAAACGUUAAUUUAUUGGCAUUGGGCAAACGCAUUAAGAUUAUCAAUUCUUCUUGCCGGUGUGUAAGUGUGUGAAGGCCCUUGUCUUCUACGAUGCCUACCUGAAGAAACUUAACAUAAACGCUGCCAAUGAAGUCGGCGACACUCCACUGCACCUGGCUGCCAAAUGGGGUUAUGGUAAGUAAGGAUAUCUUUGCCCAGUUGUUUUACGCGGAGUGAUUCAAUAUUGUCUCCUUGGUCAGUUCCUGAGAUUCUCUCUGUGCCACAAUUAUUUAAAGCGCCAGGGAUUCCUAGGAAAAGUUAAGAUAAACCCUAAGGAAACAUUUAGUUAAAUCCUUGGGAAGGGUUUAAUCCUUGGAAAAACUUAAGUUUUAUCCUUUGGAAAAUUUAAAUUUAAUCCCUGGGAAAAGUUAAGUUAAAUCCUAGGGAAAAGUUAAGUUAAAUCCUAGGGAAAAAUUAAGUUAAAUCUUAGGGAAAAGUUAAGUUAAAUCCUAGGGAAAAGUUAAGUUAAAUCCAUUGAAUAUGUGGCUAAAAUAAAUUAUCUGUGGACAAUGGUCAAACAAGAAUAGUUAAUAAAAAUGUGAUUUAUUUGUCAGUAAAGAUACAUUGAUUAUCAUCCAUAGAAGUCGGGGGGGGGAAGGGGGGUAUGUUUAUUUUAUAAAAAGCAAUAAUAGGAACAUUUUUUUGAGAGAUUGAGCUUUGUAAAGGUAGUUUUAAAAAAGACCCUAUAAUAACAUGGGGGUCAUAAUAAUAUCAAGGGGCCAUAAUAAUAUCAUGGGGUAAUAAUAAUAUCAUGGGGUCAUAAUAAUAUCAUGGGGUCACAAUAAUAGCAUGGGGUCACAAUAAUAUCAUGGGGUCAUAAUAAUAUCAUGGGGUCAUAAUAAUAUCAUGUGGUCAUAAUAAUAUCAUAGGGUCAUAAUAAUAUCAAGGGGCCAUAAUAAUAUCAUAAUAAUAGCAUGGGGUCAUAAUAAUAGCAUGGGGUCAUAAUAAUAGCAUGGGGUCACAAUAAUAUCAUGGGGUCAUAAUAAUAUCAUGGGGUCAUAAUAAUAUCAUGGGGUCAUAAUAAUAGCAUGGGGUCAUAAUAAUAGCAUGGGGUCAUAAUAAUAGCAUGGGGUCAUAAUAAUAUCAUGGGGUCAUAAUAAUAGCAUGGGGUCACAAUAAUAUCAUGGGGUCAUAAUAAUAUCAUGGGGUCAUAAUAAUAUCAUGUGGUCAUAAUAAUAUCAUAGGGUCAUAAUAAUAUCAAGGGGCCAUAAUAAUAUCAUGGGGUCAUAAUAAUAGCAUGGGGUCAUAAUAAUAGCAUGGGGUUAUAAUAAUAGCAUGGGGUCAUAAUAAUAGCAUGGGGUCAUAAUAAUAGCAUGGGGUCAUAAUAAUAUCAUGGGGUCAUAAUAAUAGCAUGGGGUCAUGAUAAUAUCAUGGGGUCAUGAUAAUAGCAUGGGGUCAUAAUAAUAUCAUGUGGUCAUAAUAAUAGCAUGGGGUCAUAAUAAUAGCAUGGGGUCAUAAUAAUAUCAUUGGGUCAUAAUAAUAGCAUGGGGGUCAUAAUAAUAGCAUGGGGUCAUAAUAAUAUCAUGGGGUCAUAAUAAUAGCAUGGGGUCAUAAUAAUAUCAAGGGGCCAUAAUAAUAUCAUAUAAUUUCAAAUCUAGAAAAUAUAGUCAGGACAUUGUUAGAGAAUGGCGCCAACUCAACCAUCAGCAACAAGAAGAAGCAGACGCCAGUGUCCUUGGCCCAGAAUGCCAUAGUUCAAAGGUGGCUCCAGCUGGCAGCUGAUGGCCUCGACUUUCAAUCCAGCAGUUAUCAGGUAAUGAUACACUCACAGUUACUGUAUAAGAAUUAACACUUUUUUUUUUAUCUUUAAACUCAAAUACUUGAGAUAGUUUUGUGACCAGGUUAAAUACUUCUAAACAUACUUCAAGUUCAUUCCACUUUUCAUCCAAAAACCUGUUCAAAUAUAAAAAAUAAAAAAUUAAAAAAAAAAAGAAUAAAUUCUUAAUUUCAUUUUCAACUCAUACUGUUUGUCAAAAUUAAUUUUGAAAAGAUAACCAAAAGAUAAGAUGAAUCGUGAAACCAACACGUGAAACCCAGUUGUGUUGCAAAGAUAACCAACACUCCCUGUGUUGAAAUGUGAAACCCAUUUGUGUUGAUUUACUUAGGUAUGAUCCACAACCAAACAAAUCAAUCAAGCUGUCGUGACAACUAUAUAAUGAAAACUGUAAAAUGACAAUUGUUUAAUGAUAACUUUAUGACUUUAUUUUCACAAAUUUCUUUGUGCAUUUAAAAAAUGGACUCAUUGAAUGUUUCAAAGCAAAGAAAGAAAGAAUAAGUGGGUGGAAAAGGGAAAGAGGUUGGGUUCGGCUUGGUUGUCAAAGUUAUUCUAUGACUAAAUCAUGAUCCUAUGAGGAGUUGUCAAAGUUAUUGUAUGACUAAAUCAUGAUCCUAUGAUGAGUUGUCAAAGUUAUUCUAUACUAAAUCAUGAUCCUAUGAGGAGUUGUCAAAGUUAUUCUAUACUAAAUCAUGAUCCUAUGAUGAGUUGUCAAAGUUAUUCUAUACUAAAUCAUGAUCCUAUGAGGAGUUGUCAAAGUUAUUCUAUACUAAAUCAUGAUCCUAUGAGGAGUUGUCAAAGUUAUUCUAUACUAAAUCAUGAUCCUAUGAUGAGUUGUCAAAGUUAUUCUAUACUAAAUCAUGAUCCUAUGAGGAGUUGUCAAAGUUAUUCUAUGACUAAAUCAUGAUCCUAUGAGGAGUUGUCAAAGUUAUUCUAUACUAAAUCAUGAUCCUAUGAGGAGUUGUCAAAGUUAUUCUAUACUAAAUCAUGAUCCUAUGAGGAGUUGUCAAAGUUAUUCUAUACUGAAUCAUGAUCCUAUGAGGAGUUGUCAAAGUUAUUCUAUACUAAAUCAUGAUCCUAUGAUGAGUUGUCAAAGUUAUUCUAUGACUAAAUCAUGAUCCUAUGAGGAUUUGUCAAAGUUAUUCUAUACUAAAUCAUGAUCCUAUGAGGAGUUGUCAAAGUUAUUCUAUACUAAAUCAUGAUCCUAUGAUGAGUUGUCAAAGUUAUUCUAUACUAAAUCAUGAUCCUAUGACGAGUUGUCAAAGUUAUUCUAUACUAAAUCAUGAUCCUAUCAGGAGUUGUCAAAGUUAUUCUAUACUAAAUCAUGAUCCUAUGAGGAGUUGUCAAAGUUAUUCUAUGAUUAAAUCAUGAUCCUAUGAUGAGUUGUCAAAGUUAUUCUAUACUAAAUCAUGAUCCUAUGAUGAGUUGUCGAAGUUAUUCUAUGACUAAAUCAUGAUCCUAUGAGGAGUUGUUAAAGUUAUUCUAAACUAAAUCAUGAUCCUAUGAGGAGUUGUCAAAGUUAUUCUAUGACUAAAUCAUGAUCCUAUGAGGAGUUGUCAAAGUUAUUCUAUACUAAAUCAUGAUCCUAUGAGGAGUUGUCAAAGUUAUUCUAUGACUAAAUCAUGAUCCUAUGAGGAGUUGUCAAAGUUAUUCUAUACUAAAUCAUGAUCCUAUGAGGAGUUGUCAAAGUUAUUCUAUACUAAAUCAUGAUCCUAUGAUGAGUUGUCAAAGUUAUUCUAUACUAAAUCAUGAUCCUAUGAGGAGUUGUCAAAGUUAUUCUAUACUAAAUCAUGAUCCUAUGAGGAGUUGUCAAAGUUAUUCUAUAUUAAAUCAUGAUCCUAUGAGGAGUUGUCAAAGUUAUUCUAUACUAAAUCAUGAUCCUAUGAGGAUUUAUUUGUUAAAAAUCAAUUUAUUUGCCGAAAUAAAUGGAGGAUACUAAAAGUCAAAAGUUGCUGUAGAAGAGUGAGCUUUUCUUUCAUUAGUAUUUUAAAGCAGCAGCUAUGAAAUAAUGUGGUGUCAAUGUUCCUAUUUUGGCAGGGACUCCCUUUAAUGUGUCAACAUUUUUCUUUUAAAAUGUUCAUAUUUCGGCAGGGACUCCCUUUAAUGUGUCAACAUUUUUCUUUUAAAAUGUUCAUAUUUUGGCAGGGACUUCCUUUAAUGUGUCAACAUUUUUCUUUUAAAAUGUUCAUAUUUUGGCAGGGACUCCCUUUAAUGUGUCAACAUUUUUCUUUUAAAUUGUUCAUAUUUUGGCAGGGACUCCCUUUAAUGUGUCAACAUUUUUCUUUUAAAUUGUUCAUAUUUUGGCAGGGACUUCCUUUAAUGUGUCAACAUUUUUCUUUUAAAUUGUUCAUAUUUUGGCAGGGACUUCCUUUAAUGUGUCAACAUUUUUCUUUUAAAUUGAGAUCAAGGAAGACAUCAUUUUAACUACAUUUAUUCCUGAAUAUUUUAAUCGAAAAAUCAAUCAAAAUUUUAAAAUUUUUAUAAAAAUGUCCACUUGUGAAAAUUGUGUACCCCUUUUUCCGGAUGUUUGAGGAUGAUGUUUUUGGGCUGGACAAAGAGUUAUACCCAGAAUGAAACAAACCUGAGUCCUAUCAAGUUGACACGCAAACCAAUCUCCCUUUCUCCAGUACAAAAAUUUUAUUUGAAAGAACACAUAUCAUGGAUAUUAAUUCUCUAUCAGAAUUGUAACAGACUAAAUAUGUUUGUUUUAAAAGUUAUUUUCAUUUUCAACUAAAACAUUCCUGUCUGAUUCAGUUUGCCAGUCCAAAGGCCAGAUCAAGGUCAUCGUCCGUGUCAUCCACAUCUACUGCGGCUUCAUCUUUCUCCAGUCGGCACUCCGCCGAGAUUAGUGCGUUAGAGCAGGAGGCUGCAUCGCUACAGGUGGCGUCCAUUUCUUUAGACGAUGGCUCCGAGGCUGAGAAAAGAAGGAAACGGGAAAAACUGUUCAAAGCAAUUAUCGAGGGAGAUAUCCAGCUGGUGAGCUUUUCUUACGUAACUCUUGGCUUCCAUUUUGUUACCUUCCUUCUACUUGUAUCGAUGCUACAUUACGUAACUCUUGGCUUCCAUUUUGUUACCUUCCUUCUACUUGUAUCGAUGCUACAUUACGUAACUCUUGGCUUCCAUUUUGUUACCUUCCUUCUACUUGUAUCGAUGCUACAUUACGUAACUCUUGGCUUCCAUUUAGUUACUUCACUUCUACUUGUGUCGAUGCUACAUUACUUAACUCUCUGUUUCCAGAGCUCUGUUUCUUGUUGUCUAUUCAUUUGUCCCCCUUGCUGAGGAAGGCUCUUAGCCGAAACGUUCACAUCUUAUUGUCCUGUCUUUUGCUUCCAGCGCCUACAUACCUUGUUCUUAUACUUGAUUCACACAUCACGAGCGUAGUCCUUCAUUGAUUUUCCGUUUAGUUACCUGAUAAGUAUGUGUGUAUAUAUAUACAUCAAUUAUUGACGCAGAAUCACGUGCGUAGGUUUCACCUAAAUUUUUUUUUUUAUAAUUUUUUUUUUACAUAUUCUUGAAAUAGAAGAAACUUGUUCAAAUUUUUAACAGUAGGAAUUUUUAAAAAAACAUUAUUUCUAGUAAUGUUUUAUAACAAAAUAUAAUUUGAAUAUUCUUUUAAUUUUGAAGUAGUUUUGUUUUAAUUUGCUGAAAACUUAAAAAGAAAUACACGGAGAUGUGCUGUUAUUUUAAACAAAUAUUUUUUUUUUCAUUGUGUCUUUCUGGUUAUGGCAUAAAAUAUGAUGUGCCACUUCUUUUGUCUUAUCCCUUAAACCUAUCUCAACUUUUAGUCCUUAAUUAAUCCCGAGUAGUAAUUUUUUUUUUUUAAAUCUCAUCAAAUGUACACACAAAUAAAGUACCUAGAAAAUUUUAAGCUGUGUUAAGCCUUAAUGACUGUGCCAGUUGGCACUUUUUUUUAAAAAACUCGGCUAUUUCUAUUGAGGUGGAUGACAUUUCAAGUAUUAUAAAAUAUUAUUUUCUGUAACUAUAAUUGUAGGCCAAGUUCUAUUUUGGGAUCCAGUCUGACAUGUAUGACCAGUAUGAUGAUGACGACGUCGAAAGUGCCCCGGCCACAGCCUCUGUUGACGACAUGUGCCACCCGCUGUGUCAGUGUGACAAGUGCCUGGGCAUUGAGAAAGUAUGUGCCAUGGACGUUAGGGUGUUAUGUGCCAUCGACGUUAUGGUGUCAUGUGCCAUCGACGUUAUGGUGUCAUGUGUACAUAAGUAGAAGGUGUUUCAGCAUAAGAGAGAGGGUGUUUCUGUAAGAUUAAGAGCAUUAGCAGCUCUGCAGUCAGGAAAUGUGUGUAUAUAAAAUAAUCACCAAGUGUACAUUCAAACUUUACAGUAAACAAAUGCAUCAUCAAGUAUAGAUUAUUCAAACUUUACUGUAGUCCAUGUACACAAAUAAAAUAACAAGUGUACACUCUAACUUUACAGUACCCAUUGUGCACAAAUGAAAUACCAAGUGUACAUUCUAACUUUACAGUAGUCAAUGUACACGAAUCAAUCACCAAGUACACAUUCUAACUUUACAGUAGUCAAUGUACACGAAUCAAUCACCAAGUGUAUAUUCUAACUUUACAGUAGUCAAUGUACAUGAAUCAAUCACCAAGUGUAUAUUCUAACUUUACAGUAGUCAAUGUACAUGAAUUAAUCACCAAGUCUACAUUCUAACUUUACAGUAGUCAAUGUACACGAAUCAAUCACCAUGUGUAAAUUCUAACUUUACAGUAGUCAAUGUACACGAAUCAAUCACCAAGGUUACAUUAUUCAAACUUUACAGUGCUGAAACUGCAUGCAAGUAUUUACAUAUUUGUCGUUCCGCAGGCCACCCGCAAAUCUGGGGAAUCCCUGAGUGUUGACAUCAGGACCUCGACGGGCUACAGUCCCAUUCACAUGGCCGUGCUGCACAAUCACUCGGACAUCGUGGCCCUGCUCAUCACCCUCAAUGCCAACCUCAGCACACAGAACCACAAGAGCCUCACUCCUCUGCACCUGGCCUGCUGUGUGCGCAAUAGUUUGGUAAGCUUGUGUCAGCACGUCAAUGGUCACGUCAGUGAUCGAAAUGGCUUUUAUUGUUAAGCUAUUGUCCUUCGUCUCUUCUUACAUAUGACGGGCCCACGAUCAAUUUGUUGAUCAUUCAGGCUCCUUGUUUAAAUUCAGAGUUUGCCUUCUCUUAGAGAGGUUGCCGUCCACCCACAGCCAGACUUGGUGCCCCACAGCCAGACUUGGUGCCCCACAGCCAGACUUGGUGCCCCAAAGCCAGACUUGGUGCCCCACAGCCAGACUUGGUGCCCCACAGCCAGACAUGUUUCCCCACCUCCAGACUUGUGCCCUACAACCAAGCUUUGUUCCUCUUAGCCAGACUUGGUGCCCCACAGCUAGACUUGGUGCCCCACAGCCAGACUUGGUGCCCCACAGCCAGACUUUGUUUGUUUAGCUCAGCUUUCUGUUCCACAGAUAACAGACAUGCUGGUCAAAGCCGGGGCAAAACUGGACGUCCAGGAUGCCAAUGGUGACACGCCAUUACUGAUAGCUUCUUCCAAUGGGUUUUUCAAUGGUGUCCAGAUACUCGUCAAGGUGAUUUUUUUUCCUUGGCCUCGGUUACGUUACAUUGUAAAUUUGGUCCUAUUAUUUACACUAAUUUUUAUAUUCAAGUUUCUGGACUUGUAUCAGUAUGUAAGAUUUAACAAGUUCUUAUCUAAGGUGUUUGAUUCUGGCAGCUAAACUUCACUGCAGCCAUUUUUGCAUAGUGUUGAUUUUUUCAUAGUGUUUUGUUUUUUUGCAUAGAGUUUUGAUUUUGGCAUAGCAUAGAGUUUUGUUUUUUGCAUAGAGUUUUGAUUUUGGCAUAGAGUUUUGAUUUUCGCAUAGAGUUUUGAUUUUGGCAUAGAGUUUUGAUUUUCGCAUAGAGUUUUGAUUUUUGCAUAGAUUUUUUAUUUUUGAAUAGUUUUGAUUUGUGCAUAGAUUUUUUAUUUUUAAUCCCCCACCAAGUUGGCAGCAGUAUCCUGAAUCUGGUUGUUAAUGGUCUAUUACUCAAGGAUUACCUCCCCCUAGGUGAUGGCUGCCCUACUUGAUCAACAGAUUCAGUCUACACAAAUCCAUUAACCUAAGUUAAAAAAAACUUUAAUGAAUGCACCCGUGCAUUAUUUAAAACAUCAUAUUUUUGUUUGAGUCAGAAGAAAUUCUUAAAUUUAAGUAAAAUUCUCUUGAAGAUUUGUUUAUUCCUAAAGAGUUUCAGGUUGCUGUUUUUAAUUCCCGCAGGCAGGGGCUGAUCCUAAUGUAACCAACAUGAAAGGGAACACGGCCCUGCAUGAGGCACUGCUGAGGAACAGUGAUGACAUCACCAAUGCUCUGCUCCAUGCAGGGGGCGACACCAGGAUCAAGAACAAGCAAGGGAGACUACCAGUAGAUGAAACUCAAGUGAGUAAAGCUUUUUGCACACGUUUCAUCCAAUGUUACUGUGCUUUGAUCAAACAAAUAAAAAUGAAAAUAAUUUGCAAUGAUUGUUUAAUUAUAUAUUUAUCAAUACUUCUGAUGAUGAUUUUAUCAACGAGUGAAGCAGUCAUGGAUUGUUAUUUUUGUUAUAUUUCCUCAAGGAUGGAGCCAUGAAGUCCAUACUAAUGGCUGCCACGUACAGGUUGGAUGAACAAGAGGCCAUUGCUCAAAAUUCAAACGUUAAUGAUUUGCAGGGUCAGAACGAUCACAAAGGUGAGUACAGGGUUACAGCUUUUGGCCCUUUAAUUGGGGAAAAAGGUGGAUGUAGAUGGAUGUGGAGUAUCUUCCCAUUCCCAGUCUAGAUGAGAAAUGUAGUCAGUGUAAGGGUUCUAGCAAUUGAAAUUAAAAGGACAAAUUAAUUUUACUUGGCUACAGUAACACUGCCAAGCUAAAGUGUUCCGUAUGAAUGGCUGCAUGUGUACAACGAUGCGGAAUUUAUCAAAAAAUGUUUAAUGAUAAAAAAAAUUUUGGGGGGGGAGGGGGUGAAAGAUUUGAGGCUAAAAGCAAUUUUUUUCAUGGGUUUGCCAAAAAUUUUUUAAAUUGUCCUAGAUAUAAUGCAAGUCUGUAUCAAGCGUUAGCUGAAUUUUAGGAAGCCAAGAAAGAUAAACCCCCAGAUAAAAAGAAUCAAAUCAGUAUCAAAGAUCUGUUUGCUGCCUUCGAGGAGAAAGACCUCCACACGUUAAGAUCGCUGACAGAAUCGAUCCGCACAUUUAACCCCAAGGCGAGCCUCAGGAGGACUAUAACCAGAGACAAAAGCCUCCCCCGGCUUGACGGCAUAGCUCGAAGGUACUCCAUUCUUUCAUUCAACCGCGGAACCCUGCGGAAAGUGAGGUCUGUCGAUAAGGCCGACCCACUUCACAUCUACUCACUGUUUCAAACUGAAAGUUCCGAGGAAAACACUAAUGGCGAGUCUGAAGCGAAUGGACUUGAGGAGUUACUGACUCCGAUGGGAGAUAACUCCAUCUUAUCUGUGUCUGAGAGUUUUGGUAGAGCUGCUGCGGAGAAGUUGGAUGAAGCUUCUCAGACUGCCGAUGGCCCAGACAUGAACUGUGAUGCCCCAGACAUGGACUGUGAUGCACCAAAGGUAGACCGUGAUGCCCCAAACAUGGACUGUGAUGCCCCAAAUAGGAAUUGGGAUGCCCCAAACAUGGACUUCAAUGCCCCAAAUGCAGACAGUGAUGGGCACCAAAACAAUCCAACACAUUCAGAUGGGGCAUUGCCAUCAUUUCAAAAUGAAAUUCUUAAGUCAGACAUUGGGGCUCAUCCCGAUGAGAACAGUCAGUUCAAGACAAUUACAGAUAUGCAAUCUGAGGGUGACAGAGACAUUGUGACAACAAUUCAGCAUGUAAGUGACAGAGACAUUUUGACAACCCUUCAGGAUGCAACUGAAGCAAGAUCUUUCAAUAUGGAGGAAACCUAUCAUGAAAACUCACAGCCG